AUGACUGUCUACGACCUAAUCAUAGAGGAUGCUCAACAACACACCCAGGAGUACCCUGGCUUUCAUCGUGAAGCACUACUAUUAUACAGCAUUGCCAGCCCAGAGGAUACCCGACGGGAUGUGAUUGAAGGGUUGAAGCCACUUUCCACCUUGAAGCUCGAUGAUUCGUGGGCACGCGCUACGCUCGCACUUGACCGACAAGACUGGAAUCCUGGAACGCCGGUUGGUCUCAUUUUGGAUCCGCGUGGUCUAUCGAAAGCUGCAAAAAAGGAAAUCACCGACAAGUUCCUAACAUACCGUGAGAAGCCGGUGUUCGACAAUAGCAAGCUCCAAAAUUGUCCACCACCAAAUGUCACCCUUACCGAUGAAUGGGUGGAAAUCGUGUGUGGACAAGUCCCGAACAGAGAGAGAGGACAGAGAUGGGCCCUCGACCUCAACACCCAAGGUGACAUCUCAGCUGACCGAGUGCCAGUUGAACCAGCACCACUGAAACGAGCGCAUGGGCUCCUCUCCUUCCUGAUCUACAAAAGUUAUUUCGUACUUUGUGGAACAGAACUGAGAAGGAGGCUUGCCGACGCCCUUAAUCGGGAUUACAAAGAAGAUCCUUGGUUUUACGUAUCUAUCUCUCUCAAAGCUACAUCAAAGCUACAUUGA